UACAAAAUUUUGCUGUUCUAAAAUCUUAAAUAAUCCUUUAUAAAGCUGUAUAUACUUUAAGAGUCCUGCAAACAUACUAACAACAAAAACAACCCUGUUUUAUUUUAUUCCCAGUUUAUAAUAAGUAAUGUUACUUUUCGAGGCAAAAACCACCCUUAUGCAAAGAAUGAGUUAUAGUUUAUUGCUUAUUUUUGCUCCCAUAUAUACAACAACAACUACAGCUCCUACUACAACUACUGACUGCCGCUACUCAUACUACUGAAUCGCAGUCAUAAAAUAAUGUCAAUUUUGCAAAAACUCUAAAAAGAAAUACAACAAAAGGCGUCGUCGGUCGGUGGUUAGAUGUUUAUUUGGUCGUUUUUCCGUUGUUUAGAUUACUUUUACCUCUAAAAUAAACUUAAAAGUGAAAUGUUUUGCUAAGAAAUUUUAAGAUUUUUCUAUAAAGUUUUUAACCAAAAUAAUGGAACUUUUAUUAAAUACAAAUUUUAUUUCUACAAUUGUAAAUUAAAAGUGUUCAACUAAUGUGUAUUUAGUGGCGCAUUAAAAUCAUUAAAAACGAAGCAUAAUAAUAAAAAAAGUAAUGAUUUGCAGCUGGAGGAGUGUCAAGAUGAAAAACAGCCAACCUAUUUCGUUCAAUUUAUUUAAUCCAUUUUCAACUAAGUUAAACAGUUUCGCCAGUAGACGGCAUUUAAACUAUAUUAUUAUAUUAGUGCUUUUUAUAUGGUCCUUUGCACCCACCACUACCGCCAAGACAUAUCAUCCGGAAGAUUUUAAUACCGUCCGUCAUCAUCAUCAGCAUUUAAGUCGCCAGCCUAGACAGCAAAGAGAUUCUCUUAAUGAGGAAAAAGGUUAUUGUGCUCCUUAUAAUGGAAAAAUUUGUAAAAAUUUCAUAAAUCAUAAUGUGUGGUAUAGUCGUGAGGAUCCUUGGAAAAAUGAACAGAUUACCACUGCCUUGUGGGAGGAAUUAAUUGGUGACCUGACGGGUUUGUGUCGUACGGCAGCAGAGAAACUUCUUUGUGCUUAUGCCUUUCCUAGUUGUUUAAUGGAGAACGGUUUAACUAUUAAAUUGCCUCUCUGCUAUGAGGACUGCACUGCUAUUCACCUUCAAUACUGCUAUAAUGAUUGGGUUUUAAUCGAGGAAAAGAAAGAACGUAAUAUUUAUAUUAAAAGUCGUGGCCAUUUUCGUCUUCCCAACUGCUCAAUAUUGCCGAAAUACAAUAGUACUUUAAAGCGUCCGAACUGUUCGUAUGUGGGCUUAACGGAAAUUAAAGAGGAUGAAGUUAGCUAUGACUGUCGCAAUGGAAACGGUCGUUAUUAUUUGGGCACCAUGAACGUUACAAAAUCGGGUAUACCCUGUCAGAGAUGGGAUACACAACAUCCGCAUAAACAUAUACAACCUCCUUUAGUGUUUCCACAAAUAAAAAAUGGUGAAAAUUAUUGUCGCAAUGCAGGAGGAGAAGAACCAUUUCCCUGGUGUUAUACAAUAGAUGAAUCAGUGCGCUGGCAACAUUGUGAUAUACCCAUGUGUCCCGACUAUAUAGAUCAUUCACUAAAGGAUUUGGAUCCCAUACAAAUGGAAACUUUCUUUACACCCUAUGUUAUCUUCAUGUUGGCCGGAUUUGGUUUCAUCGCCAUUGUAGCUUUACAUCUUCUCGUAUUAUUAUUGUAUAAAAUUUCCAAAACAAAAGAAUACCAUCAGCAACAACAAACUAAUCAGAAUCCAACAUCGGAAUGCAAUAUUUCAUCGAGGGGGAUAAAUGCUGUAAAUUCAACACCCGGCAAUAAUAUGGACUGCAAUAAUCUUACCUCAAGUCGCGAAACUUUAGGUUCUCAUCAUGCUGUGGCUCAUAAUAAAUUUGGUACUAUUAAAAGUACGGUUACAGUACACAAUGUUGUAGAGCCCCCAAAAACGGCUUUAAAUACGAAAUUGGAAAAACUGGAAUAUCCUCGCGGAGAUGUCGUCUAUGUGAGAUCUUUGGGUCAGGGAGCAUUUGGAAGAGUGUUUCAGGCCAAAGCCCCCGGUCUGGUGCCCGGUUACGAUGAUCUUAUGGUGGCAGUUAAAAUGCUCAAAGAUGAUGCUAGCGAUCAAAUGCAAAUGGAUUUUGAGAGAGAAGCUUGUCUGCUUGCCGAAUUCGAUCAUCCCAACAUAGUCAAGCUAUUAGGGGUUUGUGCACUUGGUCGGCCCAUGUGUUUACUCUUUGAAUUUAUGUCUCCCGGAGAUCUUAGUGAAUUUUUGAGAUCAUGUUCUCCCUAUGCUACUCACACACUGCAACAACGAGAGACCCUACAUGAGGGUCAUCUAUUACAUAUCGGAGCUCAGGUGGCUGCCGGUAUGGUUUAUUUAUCGGAACGUAAAUUUGUACAUCGGGAUUUGGCCACGCGAAAUUGUUUGAUUAAUGAACAAAUGGUUGUAAAAAUUGCCGAUUUCGGUUUAUCGCAUAAAAUCUAUUUGCAGGACUAUUAUAAAGGAGAUGAAAAUGAUGUUAUACCCAUACGUUGGAUGCCCUUGGAAAGUAUAUUGUAUAAUAAGUUUUCCAUUGAAUCAGAUGUCUGGGCAUAUGGUAUUUGUUUAUGGGAAAUAUUCUCUUUCGCUCUACAGCCCUAUUACGGACUAACACAUGAGGAAGUCAUAAAGUACAUUAAAGAGGGCAAUGUUUUAAGUUGUCCCGAUAAUACGCCCAUGUCGGUGUAUGCUCUCAUGCGUCGCUGCUGGAAUCGUAAGCCCAGCGAAAGACCCAGUUUCCAUGAAAUCAAUCAUUGUAUACAGCACAGUAUAGCGGAAUAUGAAUGUAAAACAGCAUUAGAUAUGGGAAAUUAAUUUAAGUUUUAUUUUAAAUUUAUAUUGAGAAAAUUAGUUUUAUUUUUAAUUUUGGUUCCUUAUUUUAAUUAAAAACAGAAAAAACUUUCAUAGGAUGUAAUUUGUGUGGGAAUUUCAACGAAAAUCUACUAAAACAUCUUGUAAAAUAUAUUGGCCACAUAGUCAGCUGAACACUCUCAUAUAUACAUAUAUACAUAAUCAUUUAUGAAACCAAAAAAUAUUUACUCUUUAUACUCAAAAAAUUCAAAUUUUAACUUUUAAUUUUCAAAAUUUUAAAUUGAAAACCAUUUUAUGGCAAAACAUUUUUAACUAUAAUUUUACAAUCUCGGUAACAAUAAAGUGUCUCUUUAAGAAUUGAAAUCAAACAAAUAAUAAUAAAUUAAAAAAAAAAAAAAUACAAAAUAAAACCAACCAUUUUUAUCACACUCUAACGUUGUGAAAUUAACGAAACAAAAAGAAAAUAUCUGAAAAAAAAGCAUUUACAAUAUUUACGAAAUAAUAUUUAAUAUAAAAACUAAAAAAAAAACAUAUUUAUCAUUAGUCUGUAAAAUUGUACUUUGUAAGUUUAAAAAAUAUAAAUUUUUUAGUAGAAAACAUUUUUCAUGUAAAUGUAUUUAUAAUUCUACUGUAAUAAAUAAAAUAAAAGUCCAUUAAUGUGUAAAAUUUUGAAA